AUGAGUGACAGCGUGCGAUGGUUCAUGAAACACUGCAUCGUGUGCCAAGCCUCGAAAACGGCUCGCCGAAAGCCUAGAUGGCCGUUGUUUUCGCUUCCCUUACCCUCCCGGCCGGGGGAAAUGGUGGCGUUUGAUAUUCUUGGCCCUCUGCCAACAACUAAACGCGGAAACAAAUACGUGUUGCUGGUCGUCGACUUGUUUAGCAGGCAUGCCAUACCCUACGCUCUCUCUGCCGACGAGAAAACGGCUCAGGGGUGUGCCUCAAAGCUCGCCGACGAUCAUUGUACGCGUUGGGGAUGUCCGGUGUAUUUGUUGUCGGAUAGAGGGGGCGAGAUUACGGCGGCUGUUGCGCGUGAUGUGUACCGAUUGCCUGGGGCCAAGAAACGGUUUACCAAUUCAUUCCACCCUCAAACCAACGGGUGCGUCGAAAGAUUGAACCAUACGGUCUGCCAGAUGUUGUCUCAUGUGAUCAGCGCCCAACAAACCGAUUGGGACGACCAUCUCUUGCCGUGUGUGUACGCUCACAACAAUCACGUGAGCAAGGCUACCGGUCUUGCGCCCAUGGAAGUACAUAUUGGCCGGUAUCCUCGUUUUCCGAUGACUGUUCUUGGGUCACAGAAGCUGGUUUCUGGUAUGCAGUCGAAACAGCGGGAUGAUCUAAUAUCCCCAGCUCAUGAAAGACCGGCAAGCGAAAGCCUUCAAGCUAGUGGUUGAAAGAGACACGCUCACGAAAGGAAAACACCGAGCACGCAACGAAGAUCUAGACAACCUCAUUGCGAAGCAGCCGAUUUUCCACGCGGGCACGUGGGUGUGGUGCUACGAUCCACAGCACACCCUUCGUGCGGCGAACGACGAUAAAACAGCUUCUGCCAAUAGCAUCAAAGCGAAACUCGCUAACCUGUGGGCAGGACCGUUUAAAGUGCUUGCUGUAGGGCCCUGUCGCUUUAACGACAUGAAAGUUGGGUCCAAGUUGCUGUAUCUGGAUUUACCGCACGACACACAGGCCAAAUCCAACCGUGUCUCAGUGUUGCGGUAUAAGCUUUGCCAUCGUGCGGACGAACCCGAGGAAAUCCCCAACUUUUUUCCUUGGGAAAUUUGUUCGUACGUCCUGCAUAAAUUUGCGGACAUGGCGCCUCCCUUCUACCUCACCGCGGAUGACGUGGACAUAGAGCUUGACGUACAGCGUGCACAGCCGACCGCUAUCACCGGUAUCAGUAUAGGUCCAGGGGGUUCCAUCGCGCUACAAUACGAAAGGCGUUGGCGCGGACACCGCCAGCCCACUUGGGAAUCUGAAGCAAACAUCCAGCAGUAUGAUGAUUUUGUCGUGAAGUAGUAUUGGGUGGGCAGUGCAGUGCGUCAAGUAGGAGCCGACAAUAAAGUGCACCGUGACUAUAAUACGCUUGCCGCGCACCGCGCGCAAGCUCGCUCCCGCAGUUCCCUUUUUGUGACACCAGGGUACGUGUUACUGGCGACGUGCGAGCGUGGGC